AUGGCCGAGUCUGAGACUUUCUUUUCUCACAAUGUAUUAGAGUCCAGUAAACCUAGCAGCAUCUCAAGAUCUAUCACGAAUUGCCCUUUAUUAUCACAUAACCCUUCACCCGAUAGAACGACACAACCACAGAAUACUCUUCCCUUUUAUACAGUGGCAUUGUCUUCUGCAAAAGAAUCGUUGGUGUCAGCCACAGCUGUGAGGGCCGGACGUCUCACCCCUUCUAUAACAAACACAAAGUCAAAUAUUUCUCCCUCUCCUCACGCAUUGUCAGUUAAUGCCGUUGUAGAUACUGAACCCAGAAAACUUAACGGUGAGUUUGAACUUCCAGGACGUCUUUUUGGGGCUAAACGAACACCACUUUCCGCAAUGGCUGAUAAAAUAUCCUUACCUUCUACUAAUAAUACUCAGAACGUUGUUACUGAAACUGGCUUAGCUACUUGUUCACUGUCCGACUCUACUAGGAAAGAGUGUCUACCAAUGCAAAACAUAACCUCUACGCACAUCCCUCAGGGCAUGACGGAGAAUACAACCAGAACUACAUCCAUUCAACAUAAAACACUGAAUGAUGCCAUCUUUUUCUCCGAUAUACUCUUUAUGUGGAUGGGGGUUGAUCAGACAACACAUAUCACUUACAAUUCUUCAAUGGGAUGUUACGAGAUGAAUCCCAAUUGUGGCAACGAAGAGCAACUUCAAGUCCUAAAACUUCUUCAGUCGUGUGGUGUACUGGCGCGCAGCAUAGAAGAGUCUCUUAGCCGAACACUAGGGGAGCAAUCAUUUCUUCAGCAGAGUCUGCGCAGUGCGCUACGGAGGCAGCUAACACAGUAUCACUACCUAUUAUCCACCAUACGUGAGAGGCAAACCCCAGUCCUUACUCUGGGCGAUCUUAUGGUGGUACAUCAGCGGGUCUACCCCAAGCUGUGGGUUAUGCAUCAUAUACUCCAGGAAACGGAGUGUGUUAAAGGGGGUGAAAUGGCCUCAGUGUUGCGGAGGCGGGUUCAACAAGGCUCUCAUCGCUUGUCUGCACUUCUUCGUGAUAUCUACACAGAGGCAAUCAGUCCGCUACUGCGCAUGACCGUUGUUUGUAUAACCCGUGGGGAAGUAACAGACCCAUUUAACGAAUUUUUUAUCGUUUCGAACGCUAAAAUUAAUGAUAAUUCGGACAACUUCUGGACUAGUAAAUUCAGUCUUUCACGUAAUAUGCUCCCUGUAACAGUAUCUCGCGCGGUAGCUGAGGACGUACUUUUAGUUCUAAAAAAUAUCUGCUUCAUAUACAAUUGUUGCCGUGCAAAGCAAUGGCGUAUGGACCCUGGAAUUGUUGCGGAGGCCAAUCAAGUAUCCUUUGAAACCCUCCCAAGCGUUGUAUCCGACGCGCUCACAUACAGUAACGCAGCUGUUUUGCGAUAUCUAAGGGAAGAAUUCAAGUUAGAUGACACCUUUCGAAUGGUGAGCGCUUUUUUACUAGUAGGCCAUGGGGGAUUUUUUGAGAUUCUCAUACCCAAGCUAGUACCAAUCCUUUCUAAACUAAGCCAUACUAUUCAUGUGUCUGUGGUGCGGGACCAAAUGUCAAGCGCUUUGCUUGAGAUUGCACCGUACACUCGACACUUAGACACCGACCGCUUCACUGCUUUACAUUGCGAAAUUAUUAAAGAUGAAUCCAAGCUAGGAUGGGAUGCCUUUGUUAUCACCAUGCCACUUUCAUCACCGCUUAGUAAUAUUUUUGAUUCAGUAGCCGCAAAGAUGUACCGUCAGUUGUUUCGCAUCCUUUUUAAGGUUAAAGUUGCGGAAGUGUCGCUCAAGAAGGCCUGGCGGCAAAGUGUAAUUAUCGAUCGCGCUAUUGGUGUUCUUCAGCAGCAGGGUGCAGAAGAAAUGGCUGCCUGGUGCGAAGUCGCAGCAGAUGCUCAUCUCCUCGGGCUCCAACUAAACCAUUUCGUGAUCAAUCUCUGGUCUUAUCUUGUAUCUGAAGUGUCGAUGGUGGCCUGGGACCUGAUGCAGAAAGCUAUUAGUCGCUGCACCUCACUUGAUGACAUCCGUGUUGCACACCACGCUUAUUUAGCUUACCUUUUCCAGCGUUCCCUUCUGCACCACGAUUGCGCCUCAAUACGAGUGAACGUUGAGAAUAUUAUUACUAUUGUUCGGGAGUACUGUGGAUCACAGGCGCUUCUGACGUCUCUCAUUGAGCGAGGGUCUGGUGAGGUGGUCUCUAUUAAACAACAAUACCAGAGUCUCACCGAUGAUUUUCAUCGUGAGAUGUCUGCGCUGCUUACAACUUUGGAAGAGCAGCAUUUACAGUUUGAUUUUCUAAAUUUUUUACUGUUACGACUCAAUUUCAAUCGAUACUAUCGAAAUGGUGCAAUCAGUACAAAUACAGAUUUCUAA